AGAUAAUGAGAACUCAUAACUUGGUAUGAAAUGACAGGAGCUCAAGCUUAAGCUUUUGCCUUUGUUUUUGUAGUCUAACUAUGACGAAAUUUACUGAGCCCCACGAAGUGGAUGUCGUUCGUCGUCUACUCCUUCAUCUUCGGCUUCUCUAAAAAUAGUAAUGAAAAAUCCAAAUCGUACUCGCAUGUUUGCUUUUUCAAUUCAUCGCUUCUCCAAAAGAAACGACGACAUGUGGAAAAUAUUGACUGAAAAAAGCUCGAUGCGCAAUCAUAAUUUGUUUGAAGGGCUAAGCCUAUAGAGGUAAAAACUAACUGGCUGUUUUAUUUUAGUUCUCUGAGCGCCGCUGGACCUAAGCCCCAACCUUAUGCGGUGCGCCGCCAUAGUUUGCAUUUUUUGAAUUAUGAUGGUCAUACUCGAGUAGCAUUCUUGUAAAAAACCUAAUGAAUAAUUUUGCUAAAAAGAAGCCAACAUCAAGCACUUACACAUAAAGACGUCUUCUGGAUGUAUGGACCAAUCCAAUCUCAAUUAGCAUGGAGAAAAUUAUAGCUAUUGAUGUCUACAUUGCCGUGUCGUUAGCUGAUGAAACAAGACAGCAGCUGUGAUUUGUAGCGUCGAAAGUCAAUUCUCUAAGGACACACCAUCACCACUUACGCAUUUGGUCAGGAUGAUUUGAAAGAAUUUUCAAGAAUGACCGCUAGAAGAUGUUGUCAAGAACGACCUCUAUCAUAGAAGAUGGUAAUGAGUUUAUAUAUUAGCCCUUGCCGUAAGCCGGGCGGCACCCCUGCAGUGCUGCCACUUUUUUGUCAUAGUACAAUGCGAACACUGGACGGCUCUCGUUCCUUUCUCUCAACUACGAGAAAUAAGACUGCGUGCUGUUAAGUUAGAGAUGUAAAAAGCAGGUAGUAAAAGAAGAAAGUAGGACGUAGAGCUCAGUAAAUUAUCUGCCGGUGAGUGUAGUGACCCGGGGUAGUUGAUUCUCCACCAAAUCCGGCAAGCUAGGCGUCGCGCGAGGUCAACAAAAUGAAGGUCAUCGCGUAGCGGACGUCAGAGCAGAUCGAGUAUCUCAGUCGGUGCCGCCAGAGCGUGCUGCAAAUCUCUCGUCGUCGGUCAACAAAUACAUGCCGCGUUUGAUCACCGGAAGGAGGAAGGACAAGGACAAAUUGUACUGCAUGUAGGGGGAGCUACCGGCCAGCGAGUUCAAAGGGACUCAAGUUUAAUUUCUGCUGAUCCGGUGCUCAAUGCGCAG